AUGGCGAAGUACCCCCGAUCAGUUAUGCUCGUUCUGAUCUUCGCGCUGGUGGCCGGAUCUGCUCUAGCUCAGGCUCCGGCGGCCGCUCCUCGUUCGUCCCCGACGGCGGCUCCGGUUGCGCCUCCGCCGACUUCUCCGCCUCCGCCGACGUCGCCUCCUCCGUCCUCCGCAACCCCGCCUGCCUCGUCCCCGAACUCCUCUCCACCGGCCCCGCCGACCUCCCCCGUCGAAGCACCGUCCGGAUCCACCGCUCCCCCGCCGUCGAUCGCCGCCUCCCCAGGCGGUUCUGCUCCGGCUCCAAGUGCAGCUGCCGGAUUCAGCGUAGCCGCCGCCGGAUCCGCCGCCCUAGUGGCGUUCUCUGCCGCCAUUUUGAUCUAG